GACAGGUGAGGUUUCCCUGAACUCUCACACUUUCUUCAGUAUAUUCAUCCUACUGGCGAUCCUGAGCUUCGGUGUUCUGCGGUUCAACUUUCCUGUAGUGGAGUACGUGUACAUGGCCAUCUUCAUGUUUGAGGCUCUGGUGAAAGUCGUGGCGAGAGGCUUCUGUGUGGGACGCUUCACCUUCCUCAGAGAUCCCUGGAACUGGCUGGACAUCAUCAUCAUCAGCACCCUAUUGGUGUCACAGUUCGUAGAUUUGGGGAAGUUUGCUGUGCUGGAGACGAUUUCUCUGCUGCUGAAGAUCUUCACAUGCAGCCAAGGUCUGAAGAAGACGGUUGAGGCUCUUGUCCAAUCGGUGAAGAGGCUUGAUUGUGUCAUCAUCCUGACGGUGUUCUGCCUGAGCAUCUUGGCUAUGAUUGGUUUACAGCUCUUCAUGGGAACCCUGAAAAACAAAUGUGUCAUCUGGUCGAUGAACACAAACACGACAGAAUUGGAUUUCCACAACCACACCACCUCUCCAGAAAACUAUUACUACAUUCCUGGACAUCCUGAUCCUCUGGUGUGUGGAAACCAGUCAGAUGCUGAGCGCUGUCCAGACGGUUUCAACUGUGUGAAAGCAGGAAGUAACCCAAACUUCGGAUACACCAGCUACGACUCGUUUUUCUGGUCUCUGCUGUCACUUUUCAGACUCAUGAUGCAUGACUUCUGGGAAGGCCUGAUGCAGUUGACGUUGCGAGCUGCAGGAAAAUCCUAUCUGAUCGUCUUUCUGCUCGUCUUCUUCCCGGGUUGUUUCUUCCUGCUCAGUCUCAUUUUGGCGGUGGUUGUCAUGACACGAGCGGAGCAAGAAGAGGCUCAAGGUACCGAGGCCAUACAAAGAGAAGAGGAGUUCGGACGGAUUGUGGAGGUGCUGAAGAGGAGAGAGGAGGAGCAGGCUUCCAGCAGCGCAGAGACUCCAGAGCAACAGGACUCACUGCAGAAGAAGAAAUCAGCUGCCGGUAUACGAGCUACCAAGCAAGAACACGUUGAAGAGGCACAGGAGCACCACCGGCCUUUGUGCUGCACCUGCACUGACGCCUUCCUGAAGGGGGACUGUUGUGGCUGCUGGCGAUGGCUCAAACAGCAGUUUCACACCUUUAUCACGAACCCUUUCUUUGACCUGGUCAUCAUCAUCUGCAUCAUUGUUAGCACCAUCUUCACAGCCAUGGAACAUUACCCUAUGAUGGAGGAGUUCUCAGAGACCCUGGUCAUCGCUCAUCUGGUCUUCCAUGGGAUCUUUGCUGCUGAGAUGAUCAUCAAACUUGUCGCACUGGGCCUGCAUGGAUACUUCCAGGUGCGCUGGCAUAUCUUCGACUUUAUCCUCGUCAUCAUUUCUCUGGUGCAGCUGGGACUGGCUGACGUUGAGGGUCUAUCUUUGAUGCACAGUUUUCUUCCGCUCCGAGUGUUUAGGCUGGCCCGUUGGUGGCCGAUGCUCCACAUGUUUUUGAAGAUCGUCUGGGCCUCAGUGGGGAACCUGACUCUGGUUCUCUUCAUCACGGUCUUCAUGUUCUCUGUGGCGGGCGUGCAGCUGUUCCAGUCGGACUACAAAGCUAAUGUCUGUCGCAUUUCUUAUGACUGCCAGCUUCCUCGUUGGCACAUGGAAGACUUUUUCCACACCUUCAUCCUUGUCUUCAGGGUCUUGUGUGGACAGUGUUUAGAGUCUUUAUGGGACUGCAUGGAGGUCUCGAAUGAUGGCGUGUGUGUGACCUUCUUCAUGAUUGUCCUGAUUGUUGGAGAGCUGCUGAUCCUACAUCUCUUCCUGAAUUUAUUGUUCAUCAAUGAUCAGCUGGUGGAUUCAGAAGACAAAACAACAAACACCCUGCAGAGUACCAUGAAACAGACCAGAACCUGGAUCCCCAAGAGUAUCUGGACUUUGUGGGGGAAGAACUACGCUGACCAAGAUCACAAAGGUGACACUAAGAAAGACAACAAGGAGGAGUAUCUGGCCUUAAGCUCUGUGAGCUCAGACCAGCUGACCCUCGAUGAUAACCACAUGAACAUGGCCGCCUGGGAGGCCCCCGUCGCUGUGGCUGAGAUCGAGUUUAGGACGCCUGAAAAUGCACAAGAAAAGGAGACGCAGCAUUGCGACGUCAUGCAGAAACUUAAAGAUGAAACUCAUCCAGAACCUGAGGACUGCUGCUGCAACAGGUGUUACAUCUGCUGUCCGUUCCUGGAAAUAGACACAUCCCAGGGUACCGGCAGGGUCUGGUCUAACUUCAUGAGAGCCUGCCUCUGCAUCGUGCAACACAAAUUCUUUGAGGGCUUCAUCGUCUUCAUCAUCCUGCUGAGCUGUGCAGCUCUGGUUUUUGAGGACAUCUACCUGGAGCAUCGUCCAGUGUUGCAGAGAGUUUUGAAGAUGGCAGACCUGGUGUUCACCUUCGUGUUUCUGGUGGAGAUGCUACUGAAGUGGAUCGCUUUUGGAUUCAAGAAAUACUUCACAAGCUUCUGGUGCUGGCUCGACUUCCUCAUCCUAGAUGUGACUCUGUUCUCCCUGAUGGGCAACAUGCUUGGAUACACCAGCCGGCCUCUGAGAGCUCUGAGGACUCUGAGGGUCCCGUCUCGCUUCAAGGGCAUGAGGGUGGUGCUGAAGGUGCUUGCCAUGACGCUGCCCUCCAUGUUCAGCGUGCUGCUGGUGAUUCUGGUCAUCUGGCUUUUCUUCAGCGUGAUAGGAGUGAAUCUGUUUGCAGGAAAGUUUUCUUACUGUUACAACGAGACGUCAGAGGAGCUUUUCUCCUUUUACGUGGUGAACAACAAGACUGAAUGCUUUACACUGAUGGAUCUGAAUUUCUCUGAGGUCAACUGGAAGAUGCGGACGUUUAAUUUUGACAAUGUGGGGAUGGGUUUCCUGUCGCUGCUGAUCGUGGGGACAUCUUCAGGCUGGAUGGACAUCAUGUAUGCAGCUGUGGACUCCAGACAAGUGGAAGACCAGCCGCACUACGAGAUCAAUGUGUACAUAUACAUGUACUUCAUCUGUUUCGUUAUCAUCGGCUGCUUCUUUACGUUGAACCUCUUCAUUAGAGUCAUCAUUGAUACGAUCCACCAGCAGAGACACAAGUUCGGAGGGAAACAUGUUUUCGUGACGGACCAGCAGCAGAAAUAUUUGAGGACCUUAAAGAAACGAUUCUCUGAAAAACGCAACAACAUCGUUCCACGACCUCAGCAUUGCUGCCUGGCUUGGCUGUUUGACCAGGUCACCGGUCUGUACUUUGAGAUCUUCAUGGUGGUGGUGAUCUUCUUCAACGUGGUGGUUCUAAUGGUGGAGACUGAUGAUCAGAGUGUGGAGAAGUCACAUGUCCUGCACUGGAUCCAUUUCAUCCUUGUGGCCAUCUUCCUUGUUGAGUUUAUCCUGAAGAUCAUUGCACUCAGACAGCAUUACUUCAGAAAUGGCUUGCACAUUGUGGACUUUGUGGUUCUCACUUUGUCCAUUAUAGGUCUCUUCUUAGCUGAUAUCUUGGAAAAAUAUUUCUGCAGUCCCUCUCUCUUUUCUGUUAUGCGAUUGGGUCGUUUGUUUGCCUUAUGUGGAGCAUUCCAUCACAUUCGGUUUGCCAGAAGGAUCUGGAUGCUGAUUAUGGGCUUUGUGAUGUCACUUCCUGCCCUUUUCAACAUCGGCCUGCUCUUCUUCCUCAUUGUGUACACAUUCUCCAUCAUUGGGAUGUUUAACUUUGCCUACGUGAAGAAUGAGAUGAUGAUCGAUGACAUGUUUAACUUCAAGACAUUUGGAAACAGCAUCAUCAGCAUGAUUAUAAUCACCACGUCCUCGGGGUGGGACGGCCUAUUGAGUCCCAUCAUGAACACGCCUCCAGACUGCGACCUGCGAUUACCUGACCCUGGUAACUGCGCCAACCCGACGGUGGGGAUUGUUUUCUUCAGCUCCUACAUCCUCCUCUUCUGCCUGCUGGUGAUUCAUCUGUUCAUCGUUGUCAUCCUGGAGCUCUUCAACACAGCGAGCCCUGAGGACGCUGAGAUGCUGAGUGAUGAUCAUCUCCAGAUGUUUCAUGAAACCUGGAGGAAAUUUGACCCCAGUGGCUCACAGGUCAUACUGUACAGUCAGCUGGCAGACUUCUGUGAUGGUCUCCAGGAUCCUUUGAGGAUUCCCAAACCAAACACCAUAAAACUGACCCACUUGAAUCUGCCUCUGCUUCCUGGAGACCAGAUCAGCUGUUUGGAUGUUCUGCGCAUAAUUACUACACAGGUGUUUGAUGAACCAGCAGAGGUGGAUGCCCUCAAAGCCAAACUGGAUGAAAUAGUCAGGAUUCACAGCCAGGUGUCACGUGAACCAACCACCACCUCGCCAGCACAGGAGGAGACAGACAUGAUCCAGAAACAUGUGCAAGGUGGAGAUGCUGAGCGAACGCUAGUCCAGGCUGUGGGCGGAGAAUUACAGUGAGAUGAGGACCUACUUCAUCCUCCUCAGUGACACCAGAUCAGAGCAAAAUAUGUAGGAAAAAUGUGCAAGCGUGCUUCUUCUCAUUCUCGAUGAUGCCAAAGAUUUUUCCCUUCUGACAGAUCGGUUUGUGUGGGGGCAAUUACCUGAGAUCCACAUAAACACCAGUUAUUUUACUAACACUUAUUAUGAGUUAUUAUUGUGACAAGAAUAAAACCAGUUCUGCGUAUACGAACAAACAUUAUGUUAAACUGUGUAACUACAACAGUAAAACUACCCAAGAGAGGAGAAGAAGGAGCUGAAGCUGAUUUGAUUUCAUUACGAACUUUUAUUAUAUGAUUUAUAGUGAAAUAAAAAAUAUCUGUCCAUACUCUACCGCGCGUCCUCCCUGCCCAAACCUCAGCCGAGAACAUUUCUGAAACCUGAGAGCGUCUUCUGGACUUGCUGAAGCCCGUGCUCCAGCUCCACCCACGGUUUGCCUGGUUUGAAACAAAACUUUUAUUCUUCUGGACUUUUUCAGUUCCUGUGAUCUGGAUUUUCUGUGACUGAGACGUGUCUUGAUGAGUCCAGUGCUAUAUCUGAACUUUUACCAGUGGAUUAAAUUACCAGUGGACCUAUUUUAACUCACCAUGGACGUCAGGCAGAGGUGGAGGCACAGUGACUUUACAAAAAGGAUUACACAUGGAAGCAGUGUUUUCUACAGCCUUCGUUCUCCAGCUUUGAACUUACCUCGUUUGAGGUGAGUCGCACAAACCCGGUUUUCUGCGCUGUCAUCUAUCGCCCCCCGAAAUACACUAAGAACUUCAUAAACAACUUUUCUGAUUUCUUAACUGGGAUUAUGCCCAACUAUGAUCGUGUUCUUAUUGUUGGAGAUUUUAAUAUACAUGUAUGUUGUCCUGAUAAGCCACUGGUAAAGGACUUUUUAAGCAUUAUUGACUCUUUUAGCCUGGUACAGUCCGGGCCUGGCCCUACACAUGAGCACGGACACACACUGGACCUUGUCCUGUCAUAUGGUCUGCCUGUCACUAACUUGGAGAUUUGUGACUGUGCACUCUCAGAUCAUAUGUCCGUGUUAUUCAACGUUGGUUUUCCACAUACUGCAGCUAAAUCUGGCGCUGCUGCUCGGUGCUGUCGAGUUAUUAACCCCUCCACUGCUGCGCAGUUUUCUGCAGCUUUUAAUCAGCUCUGUGGCCCUUCUGACUUUGUCUCCUCUGACACAGAAGAGCUUAAUUCCUGGUUUUAUUCUUGCUGUCAAACCGUCUUGGACUCUGUGGCUCCUUUAAAAACCAGGCAGCCCAAGGCUAAACCUGAGCCUUGGUUUAAUGAGAGCACUCGUGCUGUUAAGAGGGAAUGUCGUCGAGCAGAACGGAGGUGGAAAAAGGAUAAACUACAGGUAUCAUUUCAAAUUCUAUAAUUCUGCUGGCAUCGCUACCAGAACACUGUUAAAGAGGCAAAAAGGGAAUAUUUUGCAAAUAUUAUUUCUUCCGACAGUCAUAACCCACGUGUGUUAUUUAGGACCAUUGACACUGUUCUUAAUACUCCAUUGAAUGUCUGUUUGGAAGUUUCUCCUGAGAUUUGCAAUAAUUUUCUGAGUUUUUUUAUUGAAAAGGUUGUCACCACCAGGACUCUGAUCACAGCUCCUGACUCUGACCCCUCUGUCUCUGUCCCUGCUGUUUUUACUCAGUUUGAUUUUGUGACACUCUCCACUUUAGAGGAUGUGGUUCGCCAUAUAAGACCCGCAGGUUGCCCUCGGGAUCCUUUCCCUCCACAAAGAUAUUUUUCCUAGUAUAGGGCAGUAUGUCCUUGACAUUAUUAACAGCAGUCUGUAUUCUGGUGUGGUUCCUGCAAAUUUCAAACAUGCAGCAGUGCAGCCACUGCUUAAGAAACCUGGCCUUGAUCACACAGUUUUAGCGAACUAUAGGCCUGUUUCCAAGCUGCCUUUACUUUCCAAGGUUUUAGAGAAAAUUGUUCUUUGUCAACUGAAGUAUUUUCUAGAUGAAAACAGUAUCCAUCCUUAGAAGGCAUGGGAUCUCUUUUCAUUGUUACGCUGAUGACUGCCAAAUUUAUUUGCCACUAAAGCAGAAGGAUGCCCUUUCCAUUAAACCUCUCUUGGAAUUUCUAGAUAACAGUAAAACCUGGUUGGCCUUAAAUUUAUUAUUAUUAUUUUAAAUAAUAAUAUUUUAAACCUGUUAUUACUGACAGCCAAAUUAGAGCAGUGAAGUCCAUUUUUUAUCAUGUAAGGCGACUGGCAGCAGUGAAAUCUUUUCUUUCUGGGCAGCACACUGAUCCAUGCUUUUAUUUUAUCCUGUCUGGACGACUGUAACUCCCUUUAUGUGAGGGUCAGGCAGUCGUUGCUCUCACGUCUGCAGCUGGUUCAAAAUGCCGCUGCAUAAAAUGCAUCAUCACAUAGUCACCAGUUAACAAUAUACACCUGAGGCACCUGAGGCUACAGUCUAUCCUGUUGAUUAGCACACACAUAUGAUCUUUCGUUCACGUUUUCUGACUCGCUGACUUUAGGAUUUUAAGUUGUUUAAGUUAAAACUUCCAAAUAACUGCCUGUGGGCAUUUCCAAAUGGACUUUAGUUCUCAAAACGUUCAACUGUUUAAUUUCUUUCUCAGAAUUUUAUUGUCUUUGUCCUUCAAACGCUCCUCAGUAACAGAACAUGUGGCAGUGUACUUUUCUGGUCCCAGUGUGCUCAUGUGGUAUGUCAUCACGCAGUCUACUAACACAACUCACCUUCAGGAAGUAUCCAAUCCGAUUAUAUGAAUAACACCUACAUAGCAGACUGCAUGAUUAUUCGACUGAUUGGUUAUUCUUCAUGUAACUGUUGCUUUUUUGUGUCUGUUGUGAACCAUCAUGUUAUAUAAUAAUGUUAAUAAAGGUACUCACGCAUAUAAAAUAUUCUAAUAUACUAAUAAUAAGCAUUUGUAUUUUUCUACAUUUACAUGUAUUUUUAAAAAAAAUGUUUGUAAACAUGAGUCUAACUCACA